AGAAGUGGCCUGGUCUCCUAGGGGGGAGAGCUGAGGGCUCCAGCCGCCCCUCUCUGGUGACCGAGCUUAGGAAGGGGCCGCUCUUCCGGUGCUGGGAGGAGACAGAAGGUAGGACCUCACAUUGUGAAGACGGCUGCUGCCAUCUGCUUCUCUCCGCCGGACAUGGGUCUCCUGCGCUCCAAGCUCCCCUGGCUCCUCACCCUGCUGCUGCUGCUGGGCGCCCGGGCCACCAGGAACCGGGGCCAUGACAAGCAGAACAACUCCUUCCGCAAGGCGGCCACCGGCUUCUACCAGACCAUGAGCGGCACGUUCGGCGAGGAGAACGUGAGAGCCGUGCAGAAGUUCUUUUCACGACUGACUGAGAGGUUUGUGUAUGGAGUAGACGUGUUGGUGGACACUCUGUGGAGAAUAUGGACAGACCUCCUGGAUGUACUUGGGAUUGAUGCAUCCAACCUCACUCACUACUUUAGUCCGACUUCAGUGGCCAGUAACCCCACUCGGGUCCUGAUGCUGGUGUUGGCUGUUCUCCUGGCCUAUUGGUUUGCCUCUCUUUUCCUGGGAUUUUUCUUCUAUGUUUUACAUUUUAUCUUUGGACGUUUUUUCUGGCUGGUCAGAGUGUGCCUCUUUGCACUCUCCUGCGUCUAUAUCCUCCAGAAGUAUGAAGGAGAACCGGAACACGCCAUGCUUCCUCUUUGUUUUGUUGUAGCCAUCUACUUUAUGACCGGGCCGGUUGGAGUUUACUGGAGGAGGAAUAACAACAACCACCUGGAAGACAAGAUCGAUCACUUAGACAAUCAGAUCAGGCUAUUAAAUAUCCGCCUUACCAGGGUCAUAGAAAGUUUGGAUAGAGCCAAUGACCAGUAGUCCUCUUGUUGGGUAGAUCACACCAGCUCCCUCUAGCACAUAAAGCACUCUUUAUAGUAUUUGAUGUGUAUCUCUAAUGUCAUUGGAUUGAGAAAUUCUUUGUAGUAGAAAAACAAUAAUGUAAUGUUAAUGCAAUAGGCAAAAAAAAAAAGAGAUUGCCAACGUAAUGUUCAGGUUUUACAAAAACAUCUUAUAAUUUUGAGUUGUUUUUUUUUGCCGUCUCCAUACCACGAUUAUCAGAGGUUUCAAAUAAUUUUAAAACUGAAGAUGAUGUAGACUUUGCUAAAAUGUAUUGGCGACCUCUCAGUGUCCUUUACAUUUCUGUAGAUACUUUUAGUAAAAUACAGGUGAUUUGCAAUUCCUUAGCCAAAUCGCUUCCCUUUAAACAUUAGAGGAUUCUGAAUUCUCAGUGGCUUUUCAGUUUAAAUGCGUAGUAACUAAUUUGGCUAAUGCCAAUAUAUUAGAAAAAAAAAAAAUGGCCAGUUGUUCUGGCUGGUGGUGUCAGUUGAUCAUUGGAAAAGCAGGCAGGUAGCCUGCACAAAUAGAAACUGGUGCACAGUGGAGCAGAUUUACUUAUCCUGUUUAAAUACUAUAUAUUGUGCCACGCUCCUUUCCCGCUAAAACUUGCUCCCUUGUCGCACAAGGUUAAAAAGUGUCAAAAAUGCUUAAAAGGAGUAUUUUGGUUACAUCAAGCUAUCCCUUAUCCACUGAUGAGGAAUAACUAUUUGAUAAAUGUGGGGCUGAUCAGUGGGAUCCCUACCAAGAACAAGGGGCCCUGUACUCUGCAGAGACCACUGAAAUGAAUGGAGAGGCAGAUUGAGCAAGUGCAUUGUAUGGGACUGCCAGAGAUAGCAGAGUACAGGUGCCCUAGAGACUAAUGGAGUAGUAGUGUGCAUGCUGCACCUGUCACUCCAUUCAUUUGGAGGGAUACCCUGAUGUACCUGGAAUACUCCUUUUUUCUCACAAAUUGUGCCAGAAUACUGGCGCCUUUGACUAGUAAAUCUCCUCCAAUGACUUUUUAGUGUCUGUUUUCCCUUUCCUCUUCCCCUAGCCCAGAGGAAAAAAGAAAAACGUUACAGAUGCAGAUAGACCACCAUCCAUCAGAUAUUGAUGACCUAUCCUGGGGAUAGGCCAUCAAUAUCAAUUUCUCAGAGAAUCCCUUUAAUGCUGUGAUGCACCAGGCCAGACACAUUGGAUUGGUUUCUUAAAGGUAUUUUUUCGAGCCUGGAAAUGCCCCCCACCCAUAUGCCUGGGCCC